CCUGGUUGGUUUGUAUCGCUUGAAAGCUGCAGUUUCGCUAGAAAGUUUUGCACAGAUUUUAUCCUUUCGCUGUCAGUUUCAGCUGUUGCGGCUGGUUUUCAAGGAAUGGGGAGAAAAACGUACCUUCUAAGCCUCUUGGGGCUCCUUCUAAUUUCUUCUCUGUGUUUAGCCGAAGAGGAUAAGACAGAUGAGAAAACAGAGACAGAACCACCUACUGUAGAUGAAGAUGUCGGCAAAAGUAGAGACGGAUCAAAGACUGAUGACGAGGCUGUUCAGAGGGAGGAGGAAGCCAUUAAACUUGAUGGUUUGAAUGUAGCACAGAUGAAGGAACUUAGGGAGAAAGCAGAGAAAUUUGCUUUCCAAGCUGAAGUUAGUCGAAUGAUGAAGCUUAUUAUCAACUCCCUGUACAGAAAUAAAGAGAUUUUCUUGAGAGAACUUAUUUCCAAUUCGUCUGAUGCCUUGGACAAGAUUAGAUUCUUGAGUCUUACUGAUAAAUCAGCCCUUGCUGCUACAGAAGAACUCUCCAUUAAGAUCAAAGCGGACAAAGAGAACAACAUUCUUCAUGUUACUGAUACUGGUAUUGGUAUGACAAAGGACGAUUUGGUCAAAAACUUGGGUACCAUUGCCAAGUCAGGAACAAGCGAGUUUUUCCAGAAGAUGGCGGAUGCUCAGUCAAGCGAUCAGGCGAGUGACCUCAUUGGCCAAUUUGGUGUUGGUUUUUACUCUUCGUUCCUCGUUGCCGACCGUGUGAUUGUCACAUCCAAACACAAUGAUGACAAGCAGUACAUCUGGGAAUCUGAUGCUGCUUCUUUCAGCAUCACAGAGGACCCCAGGGGCAAUACCCUCCAGAGAGGAACGACCGUCAGGUAA